AAACAAAUCAUUUCACACACUUUGAGAAAUGGAGUGAUGUGCAAUGUAUAUAAUGAGAAAAUGAUAGUGUUUUUUGACUUGGAUGCAUGUAAACCUACAGUAGGAGACCUCAAAACUAAAUGAGUGAACUUUUAAAACCGCAUAAUAGGGGCACUUCAGCACAAUUUGUGAAACAAAGAACUACAUAUUCCCACAACAGCUAUAUGGGUCAAGUAUUCAGUAAACAGCUGUGGAGGAAGGCUCAUUCCGAUUGAAACUUGGCAACAACUAACACAUUCCUCAGUGUGCUUCAUUUACUGGAGGACAGGCAUGAAUAAAACUCUUUGUAAAAUUGUGACAGAGCAUAUAUUGUUAUUUCUAAGACAGUGUAUAUAAAUUCCACAGAUUUCUCUGGAUCAUUUACUGGGCCCUGUACUACAGAUUGAAGUUUGAAAUCAUUUAUAUGUAUUUGGUAACUUAACAAGAAGCGAGGUAAAAUCGGAGCUGCAGAAGAUCUGAAAGGUCACAACAAGCCUGUUGAUGUCAGUAAAUAUUUCUCGUUCUGUUUAAUGAGUUUAAGUCCUGAAUUAAGGACAAUUUUGACUUUUUUAACAUAUUUUUUUACCAGGAAGAAGAGAAGAUCUUUAGUUGAAUCUCGUGAAGAAGUAAUAAAGCCAUAAUAAGUCAAGGGUGAUUUGUUCCUUAACUCUGUUCUUCUUUUGCAUCAAAAUGAAUUCUGAAAGUACAAGUGAAGAUGAACAACCAAAAUGCAUACUGAUCCCAUUCCUUAAAAUGUCUGGAGAACAAUUAGUCUGUACACCAGAUCAGGAGUUUGAUGGCUCUCUCUGUGAGUUAAUCGACAGAUAUCCUUCUGAAAAAAAUGCACAUUAUCCUGAUAUAAGGAUAAGAAAAUCUUACAUAAUGUCAUACAACAAUGAAACCAAGAAUGCUAAAUGGGUGUAUGAGAUACUGAACAAUGACACUCUGAAGAUCAAUUGUAAGGAGAACGGCAGCUUUGGAAAGAAUGAAUUUGAGGGCUAUGAACAGGGUCAUCUUGCUGCAGCUGCCAAUCACAGGUGGUGUCAGGAAGCCUAUCAUGACACUUUUUUGAUGAGCAACAUGACACCACAGCUUGAGGAAGUAAACAACAGCUUUAUGAAAAUAGUUGAGAAUUUUUGUCGAAAAAAAGCUAUAGAUGAAAAUGUCCGUAAUGUCCACGUGUACACUGGACCACUUUACCUGAAGUUUGUGCGUGGAAAGUAUGUUGUGCUUGAGCCAGAGAAAGAAGAGAAACCAGGGAAAAAAAUUCCAACUCACUACUUUAAGGUGGCAUUUGUGGAGGAUAAGAAUGGGAUAGUAAAUUUGCAUAGCUUUGUAGUGCCCCAAAUUGAAAAAGAGGAAAAGGAUUUUCCUGAACCUAAGGUUGAACAAUUUGUGUGUGAUAUUGUGAAAAUUCAGAAACUCUCAGGGCUGAGAUUCAUGGAAAGCCGUAAUGAGAACACAAUGGGGAAGAUAAAGUCUAUUAAAUGGGAGGGAGAAAAUGAAAAAGGAAUGCCAUGUAGUGUUAAAAUAAAAGUCAGAAUAAUCUCCCCACACAAUGAGGAAUGAUGGUACUGAUGGUGCUAUGUAUCUGAUGUGUGCAGUAAAAUACUUUAUUACCCUGAUGACACUGAAACAGCUGUGUUUGUUCUUCUUCAAAGGUUUGACGAAGCUUGCAGUUCUAUCUGGUUAAUAAUCCCAUACAUGUACACAUAUAGAUGCACAGCAUUUAAAGAAAUGCUAUCUCAUCCUUUCAGAAAUGUUUCUCAUGAUCUUAAACAUUUUGAUCAGACAGCUUAUGUUUAAACGAUUUAAAUUAAUUUUGUAGACAAACAUGUUUAUAUAUUUAUUUAUUUCCAUACAAAACAACAUUU